GCGGAUUCCCUUUCUGCUCGAGAGAUUCUGUCGAAUAGCAACAAAAGCAAAUGUUUGGAUUCUGGUUCCAGAUAUCAAACCAAGAAAUGUUGCGACCUACUGUGCAGCGGUAAAAAUCCUCCUAAAGUACUCUCUACAAUGGGAAUUGACAAGCAGAAACUCUUCACUACCAUAAAUGAGCUUGUGGAAGAAGAGCUCAAGGUGGUCUCCUUCAAAUGGUUGGCACGACAAUAUUCUCUACCAGCUAAUGCAGCCAAGAAGGUCCUGUCGGAGUUCCUCGAGAAGAACCAGGGCAGGGUCUCAGCGACAUAUCUCAUAUCCGGCUGGACUAAGGGACCCGAGCCAGAGCACAGCAUCCAGCUGGUCGAUUCUGGAAGCCUCAUAGAGCGCCGCAAGACGCUGGACCCCAUCACAUCCCUGCACGUCUACAGCGUGCAGCCCACGCAGCCAAAGGAUGCGUCGGAGCUGUGGAACACAGACAACUUGCAGACGCUGGAAUUCUUCACCAGCCUGGUAAAGGGCGGCAGCGACAACUGCCUGGCAGACAACCGCUGGAGCGCCGUGCAGUGCCAGCAGGCAAAGCAUGACCCCUCACUCAGCACAGCCAAGGCUCUUGGCGCGCGCAAAGCAGCAGAUGCAGCCAAGGAACCAGCUGCUCCGGCCAAUGGAGGUGUCGUGGCUGCCAUCAAAAAGGCCGCUGCCGGUAAGGAGGCUGGCAAAGGCACGGAGGCAGCGAAGGACAAGGGGUCGGGGCCGGCAGCCGCAGCUGCACCCAGCACUGCACCAAAACCUGCGGCAGCACCGGCGGUAGCGUCCGGCCCAGCCACUAAUCAAGCCAAGGGGCCAGCCAAGGCUGCAGGAGGCGCUGGGAAGAAGGGAGCAGCGCUGUCAGCCAUGUGGAACAAGGCCCCGCCCAAAAAGGCGAGCGUGGCAGCGGCAGCAGCAAAGUCCACAGCUGCCGGGAAGGCCAAGGCAGCUGCGCGGCCGGCCGAAGCAAAGCAGAAUUCCACCGUUGCUGUGGACGCCGAAGCAGCCCUGCGCCUGAAUGAAGAGGCAGAGAGCAGCAGCGAAAGCGAAGAGGAGCAGGCGCCAAUCCAGCGGAGCAAUCCGGGCAGGCGAGCGCACGUGCUGCACGACGAUGAAGAUGAGUCAGGCCCUGACUCACCGGCCCAGCCCGCCAGCAAGCGGCCGCGCUCCGGGAACGCCCCCGCACGGAAGAACACCACUGUCCUCAAUGAGUCGGAUGACGACAGCGACUGGGAAGCUCCCAAGAGGGGCGCAGGGAGAGGUACUGCGGCGGCAAAGCAAAAUGGCGUAACGGCCGCACCGAAGGCUGCCGUGGUGGAGAGCGAGGAAGAGGAGGGAGCUAGUCAGAAGGGGAAGGCAGCGAAGCCUGCUGCCCAGAAGAAGACGGGCGCAAAGGCAGCCGCGGCCAAGCGGCCGUCGCCAGGGACCAUCAAAGACCAUGGCGAGGCCGCAGGCGGCCCCAAGCGGAGGAAGGUGCUGCGCACGACAUACAAUGACAAGGGGGAGGAGGUGACUGAGAUGGUGUAUGAGGACGAGCCUGCGCCAGAGCCAGCCCAGCCGGCAGAACAGGAGAAGGAGGAUGUCCCGGCAGCAGCUGCAGCAAAAGCGGCGCAGCUGAAGGCGGCCACACCGGCAGAGCCUGCAGCGGCGCAGGCGGCCAAGGCAUCAAGCCAGUCGCAGGGCAGCGCUGGAGCACCGCCGCCAAAGAAGGAGCCGGCAAAGGCAGGUGCCAAGAAGGGCGGCGCCAAAGUGCUGCCGGGCCAGCGGGGCAUCAAGUCCUUCUUUGCCAAGAAGUGA